UACGCUUUCCACCGUAAGCCGGCAAAUAAAAGUUCGUGAGACGGUGAUGGAAUGUUCAGUUGUCGGUUCGCUCGAGAACACACACUAUCGGAGCCAUCAAAGCAAUCAGUGCAACGAUGUCCACCUAUUUACUGCUCUUCUCGAUGCUCUUCAUUCUCGGUUGCGGAAGAUGCGAUGAUUCGGACCAGCUUAGAAUCACUUACAUAAGCACUCUCGAAAAAACAGCAAUAACGAUCAUAAAAUCUGGGCAAAAGAUCGGGAAGGUCAUCAAACAUGUCCCAAUAUUAAACACCAUAUCAAAAAGCGUCCAUAACAGUACCAGUACCAUCUCUAAUGUUUUAAAUCCGUACAAGGACAGAAUUAAGCUGAUAUUUCCAGGAACAUAUUGGUGCGGCGACGGUGACAUAGCAGAGAAUGAGAGAGAUCUUGGCCGUUUUAAUGAAACGGACGCGUGUUGCAGGGCUCACGACACCUGCCCCGAGGGCAUUGAAGCGGGGGCAGAGAAUUAUGGCCUAAAAAACAAUGGUAUUUUCACAAGAUCGGCCUGCUAUUGCGACGAGGAGUUUUAUAACUGCCUGAAGAAAGCCGCAUCUAUAAUAUCCGCGGAUAUCGGAACCACCUAUUUCAACAUCUUAAGGCCACAAUGCUUCAAACUGGACUAUCCCAUCUCUGAUUGCGAAAAAUAUUCAAGACGGCGGCUCAUACACGACAAGUGCCUGCAGUACAAGUUGGACACUGACAAAUUCCCAGAAUACCAGUGGUUCGAUAGUCCAGACUUUAUUUAAGAAUUUAAAUUAAUUCGUGUAUCAGGUAAAACUCGCCCGUAAAAUAACGGCGUGUAAUAUGUAAUAACGUUCAAAGUAAUUUAAUAUUCUUAGGUAUACAGUUAUACAAUAGUUAGUAUUAUAUAACAAUAAAGAUUACAGAGUAAUUUGUACGAUGUUAAA